UCCAUUCCUUUCCAUUGCUAAAAAAAAAAACUCAACUUCUCCCUAUCUUUCCUCAAACCGAUACUCUCCCUUUUCUCUCUCACUCUCAUUUACAAAAACCUUAGCUUUCUUCAUAAACUUGUGGGAAAAGUUGCAUGUUUUUAACUGCCAAUUUCCUCUCCUGUUUUUUAGCAUUCAAGUGUGUUAUCAGAAACUAGCAAUGGGUGACUCACCAAACUCCGAAACUGGGUCAAGCACCCUGACCAACAACUCUUCUUCUUUGUUUCCGACUUCAUUAUCAUCGUUCGAUGGUAAAAAGAGAACUCCCGUUUCGAAGAGUGAAAAGCGUCCGAGGGAUAGUAGCAUCACCAAGCACCCGGUUUACCGGGGGGUCCGAAUGCGAGCGUGGGGAAAAUGGGUAUCCGAAAUCCGAGAGCCCCGGAAGAAGAGCCGAAUCUGGUUAGGCACUUUCUCCACUCCCGAAAUGGCGGCACGUGCACACGACGUCGCCGCGUUAAGCAUCAAAGGCAAUCCGGCCAUCCUGAACUUCCCAGAACUCGCCGACUCGUUGCCGCGGCCGGCUUCCAACUCGCCACGUGACGUCCAAGCCGCUGCCGUUAAAGCGGCCUCAAUGGAGUUGUCAAGUAAUACUACGUCGUCGUCGGCUUCGACAUCGUCAUCGUCAUUGAACACGGAUAACGUGUCGACACCGGAGGAGCUGAGCCAGAUAGUGGAACUGCCGAGUUUAGGGACGAGUUACGAAUCAGUGGAGUUAGGGACUGAUUUCGUGUACCCGAUUGACGGAUGGCUACUGAAUCCCAAUAGCAUGCCUUGGUAUUACGAAGAAAAUAAUGGGUAUUUUGGAGAUGAAAUUUCUAUGCAAACUCUAAUCACUAAUGUGUUUGGUCCUUUACCAUUGAAUCAUUAAUGGAUAAUCUUAAAAAAUUAGUGUGCUUU